ACCGAGCCGCCCUUUAAGGAUAACCCACUAUUACUAAGUGAUUCAUAAUCGAUUUGGUAUAUAUAAACCAAUAUCUGUGUUGAUCAGCAAUUUCGCUUUUUUUCAUAUACUUGUAUACGCAUGGGAAUUAUCAGUAAGAUAGUCUUCUGUUGUGUUACAUUAUUAAUAUCUAUGGCAUUGAUGGCACUAAAAGAAAAGAGCUUAUUUGCAACCGUGAAGUGUAAAUUACCAUUUCCCACAUAUUUCAUAAGUCAUGGAGGUCCAUUGCUAGGUGACAGAAAUCAUUUCAUGACUGAUAAGGGAGCCUAUGACACAUUGAAGGCUAUUGGAGAGGAAAUCAUUGAGUUGAAACCUGAUUAUCUUGUUGUUGUUUCUGGACAUUUUCAAAGUGACGAGCGUGAUACCAUACAAAUCUCUGUGAAUAAUGCUGGCAAAGGUUAUGAAAACAAGAUGAUCUACGAUUUCUAUGGGUUCCCAGAUGAGACGUACCAGCAGAAAUUUGUUUCCAAAAGCAGUCCCACGUUAGGGUUAUUGGUUCAUGAAGAACUUACCAGAAGUGGUUUUAACGCCAAAAUAGUUGAUCGAGGAAUAGAUCAUGGCGUAUGGGUGCCCUUACGGGUGGCAUUUGGUGAAACUCUUGAUAUUCCUUUGGUGGAAGUAUCUUUGCCGGAUUCAGAUAGUUUCAGUGAUAGUUAUAAGCUUGGUAAGGCAUUGAAGAAUUUAAGAGAUGAGUUGAUUUGGGACCCUGACACCAAGAAGGACAUCAAAGGUCUUAUUGUUUGCUCUGGUACCUCCGUACAUAAUCUCAGAGAUCUUCAAAGGUCAUUCAGUUAUCCGGGACAAGUUAUGCCAUAUGGUAAGCCAUUUCAUGAACUAUUACAACAUACAUUUGAAAAGUCCACUCCGUUGACAUUGGCACAAAACCUCAAUAAUUUGAAGAAAGACGCUAACUACAGUCAACUCUUGUAUCAAGCUCAUCCCACAUUAGAUCAUUUUCUACCAUUUAUUGUGGCCACAGGAUCUAAUGAUGGAAAUAGUGAGCUAGAGACGAUAUAUGUUAAUGAGUCGUUUAGUCUUGGAUGGGGGAUGUACAAGUUUAACAGUCGCUUGAAGGGUUAAAAAAGGUAAUAGAUAGAUUCUAGUAUGCAUUAAGUGUAGUUAUAUUCAUAUAAAUAGGUAAUCGAGAGAAAUUAGCAUUCAUCUUUUUAGUUUUUCAAUAACGUUUUUAAGGCCUCGGCAACGGCCUUUUCAUCCAAUCCUUCUAAGUUGUUCUUGAUUUCCUUUCCCUUUUCAAAUCUGGCAGUGAUGCUUGGAGGUAUACCGUAUGCUUCUCUGAUUAAUAUGGGCAAUUCGUUUUUCAGUUGUGUCUUCAAAGUGGCGUAGUUGGUGGUCAAAAACUUUCUCAAGGGCACGGAUGCUUCGCCUGUUUGGGACAAAUGGAAUCUUAAUUCUCUCAAGGUGCUUGGUAAUAUGAAUUUGGACAUAGCUGUGGCAGGAGAUGUAUGUUGUCCCUGGCCG